AUGGAUUUCAAGGCCUUAGGAAACUCGAUCACCCAUUUGGGCUCCCAGUUCGCCACCUCGGUUGGGCCAGCCGCUUCCCGCACCUUUCAGUACACAAAGGAGCAGCUCGGCCAGGCUGAGGACAAGACAGAGCUCCCGCCCGACUACAUCGACCUCGAGAAGCGCGUCGAUGCCCUCAAGCAGGUUCACACCAAGCUCCUGGCUGUGACCUCCCAAUACCAGAAUGAGGCCUAUGACUACCCUCCCAACAUCAAGGAGACCUUCCAGGACCUCGGCCGCACCGUCAGCGAGAAGGUGCAGCUGCUCUCGACCGCGACCUCGCCCGCCGAGGCGCAGGCCGCGCUGACGGCCCCUCCCUCGGCCAAGCCACAGCCCAAGACCUUCAGCCAUGCGCUCGCCCGCGCCAGCUUGGCCAGCUCGCAGCUGCUUCACCAGCAGCACACGGACGCCGGCGAGGACCCGCUCGCGACGGCGCUCGAAAAGUACGCGCUCGCCAGCGAGCGUGUCGGCGAGGCCCGCCUCGCCCAGGACGCCCAGAUCCAGAGCCACUUCCUCGCGGGCUGGAACACGACCCUCAACACCAACCUCACCUUUGCCACCCGCGCCCGCAAGAAUGUCGAGAAGUCCCGCCUCACCCUCGACUCGGUCAAGUCCCGCGCCAAGGGCACCACCUGGAAGAUCCCCGGCGGUCCCCGCGACGAGCAGCCCACCUCGACCGAGGAGCUGAGCCCCGAGGCCCAGGAGGAGAUUGAAAAGGCCGAGGACGAGUUUGUCACCCAGACCGAGGAGGCUGUUGGUGUCAUGAAGAAUGUUCUCGACACCCCCGAGCCCCUGCGCAACCUGGCUGAGCUCGUCGCCGCCCAGGCCGAGUACCACAAGAAGGCCUACGAGAUCCUCAACGAGCUGCAGCCCAUCAUCGAGGGUCUGCAGGUCGAGCAAGAGGCUAGCUACCGCAAGAGCCGUGAGAGCAACUCUUAG